AUGGCUCAAGGCCAGCUUGCGACGCUGCCCCCGAUGGCCUCACAAGCCUCUGCCCCAAGUCUUUCGAAAGAUGAACUUUAUCAGUUACAGCAGUGCGAGAGGAUCAUUCAGUUUCGCGAUGCCAUUCUUGCCGGCGCCCAUCCUAGGAUCAAGGUGCCAGCCAAUUUGGCGAAACAGACACCUGCUUUUGCAAACGCGUCUCCAUCCAACCCUUCCACGCCGGCAAAAGACUCGGCUGCAGUCGGUCAGCCCGACCAGUCUGGGGGCUUUCAGUUGGUUGCAAACACGCAAAACGCGUCUCUUCCGGGUUUGGGAAACCUGCCUCCGACUAACGCGAAUUUGCCCCAAAGACCAUAUGGCUCCGGCAAUACUGAGAUCAAUCCCAUUUUCCUCGAGAAAUCUGAUGACCUGAUCAAAGCCGAGAUCCAGCUCCAGAGGCAGCGCCUUGAGCGAGCAUUGCGGGACGAGGUCGAUCAACGACGGGCGGCUGUGAAGGCUUCGGCUCAGGCAGAGCCACUCGCCGACAUCGAUCUCUCCGAUGUCCUCUCCAAAGCUCUCACUCUUGUCCAAGCUACCACAACCAUGCCUGCCAAUGCUAUGCUGGCUGCUAACACUUCAGCUGCAAGUGAUUCAUUUGAUGAGAAUUCGUACUACUCCUCCCAACACAACUCGCCCGACUCUUCCCUCCUCAGUUCCCGCGCAGGCAACGAGCCUGAAGCUGCCACGCAAGCAAACAAGGCGUCUGCGCCUUCACAACCCUUCGACUUCCAGAUUCAGGUUCAAACCAGUCCAACCUCCGGCCUGCCUUCCUCGCUUUCUCAUGCGUCUGCUACUCAUCAGCCACAGGGCCAAGCUUCGACGUUCACUCCAUCCCACGCACGAGCUGCCCCGAGUGCAGUCGAUAUCGCACAAUAUGACCGAGAACCGUCGGUAGGCACGACGCAAAGAACAGAAGGGGGAGAUAACACAAGUUCAACUUCAGGAGGUGGGAGCGGAAAUGCCAGUCGAUCUGAGGAGUCAGGCGUCAUAGAACUUGACAACAGUGCUGAUAGGUCUGUUCCAGUAGCAGGACGCCAGCAACUGAGAGACUCUUUGCUUGAUCGUCAACCUUCGCCACUUAUUCAAGUCCGGGCUCACAACAUAUCCCCCAUCGCCCCACAGCCCGCACACGUUUCGUCUCUAGCCGUUGCUCGGGUUCCAGCAGUAGAUGCGCAAGACGUGAGCAUCCCUCAAGGGACCACGGCGCAGGUCAGGGCUUUGCGCAAUGAGCCCAAUACUAUUUCUAGUCCUGAUAGUUCGCCACAAGGAGGACGGAAUAUUGAGAAGCGAAAGGGCAAGAAAAAGAACAAGUUGAACAAGAAGGCGGCCCGGCAAGCGCAGGAGGCCGAGCCUUACAUCAAGCCUGAACCCCAGUCACCCUCUCCCAUGAACGCGCCUUCGUUUAUUCGACCCCCAAAGCGCCAGAGAAGACAGGGAGAUGAGGAGCCUCGAUAUGCCCAGUCAGAGCGCCAAUUUUCUCGCUCCUACAGGGACGAAGCCGCAGCCCCAGCUUACGAGAACCAAGAGUAUCGCCGACCUGUCAGUCAAGCCGCAGUUGCUGCUGAAUACGGGUACGGAAGAGAGUACGUGGAGGAUGCCCGCGUCCCUAGUGGCGCAGAGUAUGUACGGCGAGUGCAGUCGCCUGGCGUAUACGCCGUCCAUACUGCGCCGAGUGAGAUUUACGCAACUUCUCCAGCUAGUGUCGAUCGCUACGGUAGGGAACCUACACGAUACUACCGAGACGGCUACGAGGUCACGCGUAUGAGUACUCGCCCCGUGGCCGAGCGUGGAAGAUCUCGUUCCCCAGCCAUGAGGGAGAGAGGAUCACCACUUAUGGGACCUCCGAAGGGGCCGCCUGCCAGAGUCGUAGUAGAUCCCGCUAGCGGCCGCAGAUACUACGAACCCGCCAGCGUCAUUCGUCAGUCGGCCGCGCCGCAACAACCAGAGAUUAUCUACGAGAGAGCACCGAUCCGAGCCGAGUCCAGACGGCCUGGGCCGGACCCGCGUGACGAUGAGGUCCUUUACCAGAGAACCUCACCCAUGUACGCGGCACCACGCCGUGUGGUCACCCAGCCAGAGUAUGGGGUGUCAGAUGCUCAUCGUAUAUAUCGCCAGCGGGAAUACUCAUCGAGACCGAUGCCGCCACCAGGAGAGGAGUAUGUUCAGAUAAGGGGCGGGACGGAGCGGCGCAUUGUGGAGGGGUUGCCACAGGAGUACCUAAUGCGUGCGACGACGGUGCGUCCGGCCGAGACGGUACGGUACGAACUCCCUCGGGAGUAUGGGAGAGUACAGAGCGUGAGACCAGAGCAGCUGCCUGUUCGGGACUACGGCGGUGCGCCCAUACACCCGGAAAGUCAACGGGAGGUGAUUCCGCCCAUUCCUCGUUCGUACAGCGUACGGCCGGCGGCCGAGUCCCACGUUGUGCGGAGAGAGUACAGUGUCAGGCCGCUAGAUCAGCCGUACUACGGUCAGCCGCUCCCCGCCCGGGGCGAACCGGAGGUAUCGUAUAUUGAGCGGCCCAGAGUGGCCGCCCCGGAAGUAUACUACGCCGGGGAGGGGCCCCGUCAGGUGUACCGGUGA